UUUUGUCGUUUCUCAAAUUCCGACUGACUUGACGCUGUUGGCUUUUUUAUUUAUUUUUAAAAUUGUACUUCUUGUUGGUCUUCAGCUCGAACUUCACGCGCCCAACUCCUCCCGCCAUGCGACGGAAAAGACCCAUGAAAUAAACGUUCAAGUUAUUUAUUUAUUUACGGGACUUCUUCGCGGUCUUCGCUCCGACACAAUGCUGAAGCUGUGCCUCCGGAGAGUCCUCCGACCGGUCGGGCAGAACUCACCCAGCCGCCGGCUGGGGACCCGCGAGCCGCGCGAGCCGCUCACCUCCGCCACGAGAGCCAAGGACUUCAUCUACCGGCUGCAGCCGGCGGAGAGGACGUGUCUGCUGCGGCAGCUGCAGAGCUUCGAGUCCGUGGCCCUCACUCAAGGGACUCUGGAGCCGUCGCCGCCCACGGCAGACCAGACCAGAUACAUCUUGUUCCACAACGCCGUUCCCUUCAUCGGGUUUGGUUUCCUUGACAACGCCAUCAUGAUCGCUGCAGGAACGCAGAUCGAGCUCUCCAUCGGCGUCACUCUGGGCAUCUCCACCAUGGCGGCCGCGGCCUGGGGGAACCUGGUCUCGGACCUGGCCGGUCUCGGUCUUGCGGGCUAUGUGGAGGUCCUGGCGGUCAAACUGGGGAUGUCGGGUCCAGACUUGAGCCCCAAGCAGGCCGACAUGUGGCAGAGCAGAGUGAGCUCUCACCUGGGCAAAGCCAUCGGCGUGUCCAUCGGCUGCAUCUUGGGGAUGUUCCCUCUGUUCUUCAUGAGUGACGAGAAGGAGAAGAGAAGAAGAAGAAGAAGAAGGAGGAGGAGGAGAAGGAGGCACACACUCCUUCCUCCUAACGCCUGAAGGAGCGGCGGCGUCCGGGUGAACCGACGAUUUUAUUCAAAUAUUUAAUCGCCGUCGAUUCUUUUUAUUUUGAACGUUUCUUGCGCAACAAUCUCUAGAAGAACGUCUUCCAGGAGAACUCGUCCUCCCGAGCGCCAUCUUCACUAUCGACAGACUUAGAACCAGUCGACCAACAGCGUAGCGAGGGGGCGGGGCCUAAGAGUGAGGACUAUUCCACCCUAAAGAAACACCCCGAUCAGUUUGUUUUGUGGUGUGUUUCCGUGGUGACGUCUGGAGGUUCCUCCGGAGAUGAGACUGAACUGUACUUCGUGUUUCUGGCUGAGUACUUUGACUCUUUGUCGUGGACGGGAAGCGCUCUGAUCUUCUGGGUGGAUCCAUCCGCCAUGUUCCCACCUUGAAGCUCGCUUCUCGCCCGUCAGCAGAAACACAAACACACUUUAGUUUAAAGAAAACCCACAAAAACACCGUAGGAGAUUAUUUUAUACAUUUAAAGAUUGAGAAGAAGAGGUGUUUUUUUCUUUUUCUUUUUUUCUUCACACAAGAACCGGUUCUCAAAUGGUUCAAACCGGUUCUCACCGGUUCACAUUGGUUUGCACCGGUUUCCAGACUCGUUCUCUCUUUCUCUCAACACCUCGUUCUCUUGAUCCGAGCGUCUGAACGAACGUUUAAUCUCGACUCAUUUGUUGUUUUGUGAUGAAUUGAUUCUUCGUUCUAUAAAACAGUAAAACACUUUAAUUUAAUUUAUUGUAUUAUUUCAUCUCCUCCUCAACGAGCCGCUCUCCCGCACUGAGUUCCUCACGCACUACAAAGUACCCACAAUGCAACGGGCACAGACACGUUUUUGAUUAAAGCCGCACUGAAGGCGUGGAUGUUCAGUUUCACGCCGUUAAAUAGCGACACAUUUUCUUUGUUUGUUGACAAGUUAGAAAAAUUGCCAAAAACUUAAAGAUAUUGUGAUUAUUGAUUAUUGUUGUUGCGAAUAGAUGAAAUGUUUAAAUACUAAUGUAAAGACAUAUUUAAGUUUGUCGCUGGAUUAACUGGAAAGAACGAGCAGCAAUUAAUUCAUAAGUAAUAAAGUAAUGAUGUGUUUGGGGACAAUCUGAACUCGGAUGUUUUUGUAAAAUCUCAUGUUUAUGAAUCACGUUUUUUUUAUUUUCCAGCAUGAGCAGAUUCGUCUGUUUUUAAUUGUUCCCUCUUUUUUGUGUGCAUAAUUUAUCAAGAGAAAAGAAAAGUAUGUAAUCUCUGAAGUCUAAGAAUAAAGUUGUGCUGUGCUGCCACCUGGUGGACAGUCUGGAACAGCAGCCAUGUGUGUGCGCGCGUAUGUGGAAGGAUUUAUUAUGUUGCUAAAUGCAAACUGUACUCUAAACAAAAAUAAAUGAAAAAUUGA